GUUCACAUGUAGCUGCUGCUGAGAGAGAGAGAGAGUCACUGGGCGAGCAGGAGUGUUUUCAUAACGAGGAAUUACAAUGGACCUUGAAGGAGUUCCUCCUCCAGUGAUCGAGGACUCCGUCCUCACGGGCUGGGAAAGGAUCGGCGCCGGGGGGUUUGGAGAAAUCUACAAAGCCAAGCAUAAGGGGUGGUGCUAUGAUGUGGCCAUUAAGCUGCUUCAUAACGAUGGCGGGAUCCAAGCUUUGCAGCAGGAGGUCCAAAUGAUGCUUCUGGGAAGCAGCGAGUAUGUUAUGCAGGUCCUCGGCGUCUUCAAUGGUCGACCACCGAACUCUGGACCCUCAGCCCAGCUGGGUCUGGUCAUGAAGUACAUGGAGAAAGGAACUCUGGAAUCCCUACAGAAAACUUUAGGCGGAGUUCCACCGUUACCGCUGGUCUUCAGGCUGGCUCACCAGGUGGCUCUGGGGAUAAACUUCCUCCACAGCCUCUCCACUCCCCUCCUCCACCUGGACCUGAAGCCCAGCAACGUGCUGCUGGACUCAGAUCUCAAUGUCAAGCUCACAGAUUUUGGCCUUUCUAAGCCUAGUCAGACUCAGGCUCAGGUUUCCAAGACGGAUAAAGUAGACGGGGGAGGGACGAUCAACUACAUGCCACCGGAGGCUUUUGACAUAAAUUACAAACCUUCACGAGCCUUUGAUAUCUACAGCUAUGGUAUCCUGCUGUGGUCCAUCGCCACAGGGGAACAACCGUAUCCAUAUGCAACUCCCAGCGUUGUGAUGUUCCAGAUCCCCAGGGGACAACGACCAUCGCUGGACGAGCUCAGCAUCCGGGCUGCAGACCAGGCAGAGCUGAGGGGACUGAUGGAGCUCAUGGAAAAAUGCUGGGAGACCAGUCCCACCCAAAGACCCUCAUCCUUGGAUUGUACAAAGAUCACAGAGAAACUGUAUGAGACGCAGAAACGUGGAAUAAUUGAUGCCGUCCAUGAAGUGCUGAAGAAACUGGAGCAGAAGGAACGAGACAAACUGACGGAGGAUCUUCAGUGGCUUCGCGUCACCCCGGCCAAAGGCCCUCCCAGAGUGGAAGCGGCGAACAAUCAGGAUAAUGUGAAGACGGGACCUCCGCCCGUUCAGGAAGUGGCCCCCAAGAUGAUCUCAAAUCAAAGGGUCAAAUGUAAACAGGAAGUUGGCGUUGGAGCUGGAGUGGGAACUUUAGUUUACGACCAUAAACCCAAAGCUUCCUCCGUUCAUCCCAUCGGUGAAUCUCCGGCGCCUCAUUUCACCACGAGGUCACCUCAGGCCAGUGCAGCUAAGAAACCCCCUCAACCGUUCCAGAUUGGUCGAUAG